CGUGUGUGAUGAAUCCAUGCUUACUGGAGAAUCGAUGCCAGUGCAAAAGUCUCCAAUACCGGAUCACAGUAACACAAUAUACGAUUCCGAAGGUCGUGGGAAGAAACAUACACUCUUCUCGGGCACACUAGUACUAUCUUCCGGUCGGAAUGAGGAGAUCCACGCGGCUGUACUAACGACUGGUGCUCAUACUACCAAAGGACAAUUAAUCCAGUCCAUCCUGUUCCCCGUGCCGAUGCGCUUCAAGUACGACGAGCACUUGAAAGCUCUGAUUGUUUUACUGCUCAUUUAUUCCUCAAUAGCUUGUGUAAUUGGGAUCAGCUUUUUAUUGAGCAAUGGGAAGCUUAAUAACAAAACGACGGCGUUCUGUUACUGUAUCUUCAUGAUCUCAGCAGUCGUAAGUCCCUUACUUCCAGUGGUUAUUACGGUGGGCCAAGUGAACGCUGCUACGAGGUUACAAAAGAAAGGGAUCUUCUCUCUCAACGUUAAGCGGAUAUCUCUUUGUGGUAAAGUUCGCGUAUUCUGCUUCGACAAAACUGGAACAUUGACAAAACAGGGUCUCGAUUAUCUAGGUUUUCAAUCUGUGGAUAUGAUUUCUAAUUCGUUUCUACCCAUUUCUAAAGACACAAACAACCUGAUGGAAGUGACAAAAUGUGCUCUAGCAACCUGUCAUUCCGUUGGUUCACUGGAUGGGAAACUCGUAGGCAAUGAGGUUGAAGUGCGAAUGUUUGAGGCCACAGGAUGGAAAUUACUGGAACGAGAAGGGGCUCAACCGGUAGUAAAAUCCCCCACUGGAGACGAGUUUGAGUUCAUUAAACGCUUCGAUUUCGAUCACCAUCGCAUGUCCAUGAGUGUCGUAGUACGUCACCGUAUAACCGGUAGACUGUUAGUGUUCUGCAAAGGAUCCUACGAGCGAAUGCAGCAGUUAAGUAAACCCGAUAGUGUUCCGAGUGAAUACAAGGAAGUGGCUGAUGGACUCGCUAGGAACGGAUGUUACGUGUUGGGAUUAUCGUAUCGAGAGCUACCAAGUAACUGGUCGAACCAGAAAAUUGAUGAAUUUCUAUCGGAUCGUGACAAAGUGGACGAAAAUUUGUCUCUUCUGGGGUUAAUUUUGUUCCGGAAUGAGCUGAAAGAAGACACAAAAGACGCGAUUAAACAGCUGAAAAGUGGCGAUAUUCGAGUCGUAAUGAUCACAGGGGAUAACGCCAUGUGUGGCUGCUAUAUUGCACGAAAUAGCGGCAUGGUCGUACCGGAUUCGAGAGUCAUCCUUGCGGAUAUUGAACGAACUGGUAGUGGAGUGAAUACUAAACUCGGUCAAGUUGAAUGGCGGGAUGUGGAUAGUGGGGCUGUUAUCGAUUACCAGACUGUUAAGAACAUGACUACGAACGGGGAAGACGUCGAGCUUGCAGUAACUGGGGCUGUUUUCAAUCGACUUAAAGACUCAAGUGAAAUGACACAGAUUCUUUUUCACGUACGGAUUUUUAGUCGCAUGACACCAGAUGAUAAAGUGGAGUGCGUUAAAAUGCACAUGGAAGCUGGUGCUGUGACGGGAAUGUGUGGAGACGGAGGGAAUGACUGUGGCGCGCUACGUAUCGCUCAUGUCGGUAUAGCUCUCAGUGACACUGAUGCCUCGGUUGUAUCCCCUUUUACGAGUAAGCCUAAAACAAUCCACUCAGUCGUGGAUAUUUGCCGUGAAGGACGCUGCAGCUUGGCCACAUCGUUCGCUUCGGUCAAGUUCUUGAUCAUGUAUGGAGUCAUUGCAUCUACCCUGAGGUUAUUCCAGUGGUACAAUGCUACUAUUUUAUCCGAGUGGUGCUUUAUUUUAGCCGAUGGAUUUACACUCGUCGGAUUAUCCUACGUGAUCACACUCUCCCAGCCGCUACCAGAUCUAAAAGACCAACGCCCGACGUCAAGUCUCAUCGGACCAUCGACUCUGCUCUCAAUAUUAGGCCAAGAAAUGAUCAACGUCAUUUUCUUAGUAUCGGGGAUGUACAUGCUCACCUCUCAGCGUUGGUAUUGUCCUUUCAGUCCGGAUAAUAUCGACCUGGCCAAGUGGUGGCUACUUUCGGACAAUCAUUUAGCAACGACUCUUUUUUUUACGAUCAUCACUCAACAACAAGUCGCAGCUUGGGUUUUCAGCUUUGGAUCUCGUUUUCGAGCUUCGAUCUGGCAAAAUUAUCCGCUCGUGCUGAUAUUUGGGAUUCUCACAGCUCUGGAUAUUUAUCUUCUACUUGGACCUCCAGGAAAGUUGACAGAUAUCUUUCGUAUUGCCAGUGGUACUAACGUGAUAGUAUUGCCGGAUAUUCCGAUGCCACUGGCUUUCAGAGUGCAGUACUUUGUUUUGCUGGUAGGCAACGUGAUAGCUGCUAUCCUGUUCGAAUACUUUGUCGUGUUGGGACCUGUACGGGACCGGUUAAGACACAGGUUUCACAAAGACCAGCUCCCGAUGCCCAAGUGACUAAAUAAAAGUAUAGCUGUCAUUACACGUGAAUAAUAUGGUGGAUGUUGUUCAUACCAUCCACAUCAAAACUCCUACAGUAGAAAAACUAAUAUUAAA